AUGGUCAACAGAAGAGAAAAUGCUAAGACUUAUGACUCUUUUCAACAUGAACUUCAGGAUUAUAUUAGAAAACAGAAAGCCAGAGGAUUAAAACCAAAGGUUUGCUUUGCAAAGGUGACAGAAGACUCUGCCUCCCAAGAAAGGAGCCACGCUGGCCCUAAACCUCCGAAGCUGGAGCAGCGACCCUCCUUUGGGAGGCUACAAGAGUUCCCCACGCCCUACGAAAGCCUGAGGACAGUGGACAGCCAGGUACCUCCCGGGCCUGAAAUUCAUCACCCCAGACAGAGACUGGAAUCUCUAAACCACCGUCAGAAAAAUCACGACCGCUUCUUCGGAAACCCAUGGCUUCCAAGCCCCCCUGUGCAAGACGAGAAGCCUGGGCCCCACAGAGCACGAGGCAGGGACGGUCCCCGUGGCCUCCCCUGCGAGGACCGCAGCCCCAUCCAGCGGGCGGGCCAUCGAGACCGAGGCCAGCGGACAAGGGACAGGGAGGACCGAAGAGGAGGAGUCGCCGGGGAGGCUGAUGCCCACAAAGAGAACAGAGGCCUCGGCAGGAGCGGGGCCGAGCGGCCACCAGCCAGUGCAGAGAAGCCCAGUCGCAGAAGGAAGAGCCACCGUGGAGCCACCGCGAAAAGGGGAAGAAGAUCCCGCAGAGAGAAGGGGCCUGGCGGACACGGCCCGGAGGAGAGGGACUUGUGGGACGAGGCCAUCCUGGGCACUUGUUACUGA